AUGGAACUCGAAAGUAGACAAAACUACAUGAUAGAAAAACAAAAUGAACUAAAAGAAAAACUAAAACAAUUCAACAAAUGCAGAAAAACAUGGAGUAGAAUCGAUUCUUUUUUCAAAACAGCGAGCACAGUUCUAACGGAUUUUAAAAUUAAAGGUCAAAUUGAAAUAAAUGGUCAAAUAAAUCAAGUUGGAAAACACAAACAAGACAUGAGAUUAUCUGGAUUCAAUGCUCAAACUUUUCAAGCUAUUUAUACAAAGAUUCAUGGUAUAUCUGAUACCUCUGAUUGGUAUUUUACAGGAGAGAUUAUUUUCCGCAAAAAUAAUUUUAGAAUAGUAAAAAGAUCUAAAACUGGCAGAGGAGGUAAUCUACUUAAAAAGAUAAAUGAAUACAUAGGAGAAAAUUGUUACAUACCAAGCGAUGGAUAUUGUUUUAUAAAGUGCGUAAAUAUCUUCAUGAAUAAAGACUUAACAAAGCAAUUUCAAGAUUUCAUCAACAGUUUUCCAAAAUCAAACAGAAAAGGAGUCAUGACAACUGCUAGAAUCUGUGAAUUCAAUAAGAAAUUUAAUACUAAUUUUCAAAUGUAUAUGCCCAAACAUAGACAUUUUCAACCAAAGAAAGUAACCGAGGAAUUAGAUUGGGUUUUUUACUUACACAAAGAACAUUUCUGUUUGAUAAGAAGAAAUAACAAAGCAUUGGGCAUUAAAGAAAUAGAAGAUAAUUACGAUGAAAACGCAUGGAGAACUUGUAAAGAUGAUGACGCGCUAACGUGUUUCGCUCAGUUAAAACUAAACGUUUUUUUCGACCAUAUCCGUUAA